AUGGAGAGCACAGUAGUCGGACCACCAGGACCACCUGGCGCCCCUGGACCUGCUGGACCGAAGGGAGAAACAGGAAAUGCCGGAAAUCCAGGAACACCUGGAGGACCCGGACCUGUUGGCCCUGCCGGACUCAAUGGUGGACCUGGUGGACCCGGACCAGCUGGACCUCAAGGCAAACCCGGUGCUCCAGGUUUCAAUGGCGGACCUGGACCAGCUGGACCCGUUGGACCGAUCGGUGGCCCCGGACCUCAAAGUAAACCAGGUUCACCUGGCUUCCCGGUUGGACCAGGACAACAAGGGCCACAAGGAGGCCCCGGACCCCAAGGAGGUCCAGGUCCAGAUGGAGGCCCAGGUAUUCCAGGUCAACCAGGAACACCAGGUAGUCCAGGACCUGGUGGACAGCCUUCUUACCCAGCACCAGUUGAACAACCCUCAUACCCAGCUCCAGCUCAACAACCGUCUUGGGCAGCUCCGACUCAACCGUCGUGGUGGACUCCUAUUCAGCCCUCAUUCCAACAGCCGCAGCAAUCGGCCUACGGACGAUAA